UUCUCAACCCAACAAAACCCUAACUCCUGACACCAUGGCUUGCUGUGUGCCCUGCUGCUGCAGCAUCCCCACCGGCCCCGCCACCACCAUCUGCUCCUCUGACAAAUGCUGCCGGUGCGGAGUCUGCCUGCCCAGCACCUGCCCCCAUGACAUCAGCCUCCUCCAGCCCACCUGCUGUGACACCUGCCCCCCACCCUGCUGUGAGCCUGACACCUAUGUGCCAACUUGCUGGCUGCUCAAUUCUUGCUACCCAACUCCUGGAAUGAGUGGGAUCAACCUGACCACCUAUGUUCAGCCUGGCUGUCAGAGUCCCUGUGAGCCCUGCUAAGCAACACGUCUCUGCACAGGUUCAGGAAUGUGGGGCUCAUCAGCAGGCCUUCAACACCUGCUACUACCUACGUCAGGCUAAAUCAAUCCCAAGUCCCUGGGCCAUGUUUUCAUGAAUUCACCCAACUUCUUCUCUCCUCCUUUGAGUGGAGUUGGAGACCUUCUUUCGGUCUUUUAGGCCAUUUCAUUGCUCUUUGAGAAAUAACCAUUUUGACUAUUCCUUAAUAAACUUUAUUCUGGCUUAG